AAAUUAAUACGGCGACUAUUACCUGCUUUAUAGUCCAAUUCUUGUUGAGAUGUCACAACGCAGCCCAACUUGUGUGAAAUGUAAGGCAACAUCUAGUCUGAUGUGGCACAAGACUACAAACGGCUCUUUGAUGUGCUUAGACUGUCAGACUGUUGAGAAAAAAACUAACUCAAAUUCGUCAUCUCCUCAGAGCACUAGAAGUACUACUAGCAGUGCAAGUGGCCAAUAUGACCCUACACCAUCCCAGAAUGAGAAGACAGAUGCUUUAUCCCAGUCUCCUGGUCCCACUACUAGAAGGUCUACUCGGUCAAGAGAGAGAGCCAAUAAAGCCAAACCACAAUCCAUCCCACAAGAUAAUCCUCCUAUCGUUGUGGAGACAAACGUAUCAGUGUGUACAGCUAGUAAUUCUCUACCAUCCACCCCAAAUAAUAGCAAAGAUUCUAUCAAGGAGAACAAAAGUGAAAAGCCUGUUAAAGAUAAUGAGUUAGUGGGAGUACAACCUGUACCGGUACCCGCUACUGCUUUUAGGGAUCACCACAUCAGCCAGUGGGAGAGAAGCCGGCGCAGCUUAUCUCUGAAACUGUAUCAGCCUGUUAGAUCUCCUGUGGCUCAGCCUGAGGUAGUCACCAGCGACUCUAUUAAUCACAAUGGUACACAAUACGAAGUUGGUGACAUAGUAUCUGUGCUGGAUGAGGAUGGUGGUGUGUAUUAUGCACUUCUCCGAGGGUUUCUUCAAGACCACCAUGCUGAGCGGUAUGUCGUUAUCACUUGGCUCUUACCAACGCACCCUCAUCCUUCACACUUUGACCCUACCAGAUUCAUAUUAGGCCCGGAAGAAGACGUUCCUAUGUCCCUCGAUGUUGUGGAAUUUGUCUGUCAUUCUCCUCAAUCAAAGAACUUUCAAGCUAGUUACUUUCAUAACAUUGAACUAGCAUCGCUAUGGGAAACAGCUAAUUAGGUAGACUAAUCACGUCUCAAAUUGGCUCUUAAUCAUGAAUCACAAUCAAUUUCUUCUGGUGUUGAAUACAGUAUAUGUUACAGAUAAA